GUUCUUUUGUCAUGACUAGUUUGCAAACAGAGGAAGCCUGUCAAAAUAUCGACCAUAAUACAUUACCUAUGGAUGUUGACUCUUCAUUACGUUUUCCAAUUGAUAAUUCAAUGAGAAUUAUAUUUACUGGUUAUUAUAAUGGUUAUGGAGUAGAAGUAAGAGGCAUUGAGGAGAUGGCAAUGCUUUAUCAUAUGGGGUGUUUUGGUAAAGGCACUAAAUCUAGAUCAAGACCUAAAUCUAUAAAAAAUGAUGGCAGUCCAUGCAUCAUGAGAAAAAGACAGUACUUGAAAAGAAACUAUUGGUACAAGAAGUUUAGUUCUUCCCAACCAGCUCCACAAGCUGACGACUUUUUAAUUAAUGUUAAAAAUUUAACAUCCAAGAUUCUGCAUGAUAGUGCUCAACGGGCAAACAAGGACGUAAUAGAUUUAGUAUCUAGUGAUGAUGAGCCCUGCGACACAGAUCAGAGUGAUAAUAAUUAUGAUGAUACAACUUGCAGUAAUGAGAAGAAAGAAACAGUAGUUAUAGUCCCAAAUAGUGAUUCAGAGGAUGAUAACUAUUUUGCCAACUUAAAGCCAAAGUGUUGUCUCAAUAAGAUUCAACUAGAAGAAAAGUUAAUGCUUACAAAGCAAGAAGCAUUUUUUCUGCUGUACGGACUUGGUUGUUUGCAAAUUUUUAACAUUGAUAAUAAAUUAUUGAAAGUAAAUGACUGUUGGAAAUUAUUUAAUGAAACAGAUCAUUACUUUAUGAAUAAGUAUAUUGUAUAUCACUACUAUAGAUCUAAGGGCUACAUUGUAAAACCUGGAAUUAAAUUUGGCGGAGAUUUCUUGAUCUACAGAGAAGGGCCAGGGAUAAACCAUUCUGAUUAUAUAGUUGUUAUAAAACAGAAACAAGAAUCGCAAGACUGGCUCACCAUACUAGGGCAUGUGAGGAUGGCGGCAACUACUGUCAAGGAAAUAAUAAUCAUAGAAAUUAUUGAGCCUAGUAAAGAGAACAUAACACUACCAAAGGAUUUGAGCGAAUAUACUGUAAAAGAAAUUAUUUUAACAAGAAAUAUUCCAGUGGUAAUAAACAAUGAUGAAGACUAAAA